AUGCACGCCUGGGCAGUCAACGAUGGCUUGUGCGGGCAUGCAUCUGCAAGCAGGCCCUGGAACGAGGGAGAGCGGCCGGCCACAGAGCCCAUUACUGGCAGAGAGCCACAAGGAGUUCAUCCCCAUGCUCCAGCUUCGCCCAUAAGGAUCACUAUGCCUCCAAUGAUCACCCACAGCAGCAAGGUGGUCCUGCAUGAGGAUGCCCUGCCACAGCGCUUGUUGAUGCUGGAGCAAAAAUGCCGAGCUCAGGAGGCCAUGCUGUUGGAGAAAGAUGCUCAUCUCCAGAAGCUCAAAGAGAGCGCUGAUGGUGAGCAGCUUCGUCAGCGCGUGCUGAUGUUGGAGGGGCGAUGCCGCUCUCACGAGGCGAUCCUGUCCGAGAAAGAAGCCCAACUUCAGAAGCUGAAGGCUUAUCAGCCCAGAGUGCCGCUGCUUGAGCAGAAGGUGCGAUUGCAGGAGGCCGAGCUUCACGACAGAGACAAGCAGAUCCACAAGCUGACCGAGAUUGUGGAUCAGGCGAAAUCGUCACUGCAGCAACUUGCUAUCGAAGCAGAUAGUGAGAACAACGAGCUUCAGGCGGAGCUUAUUGCCAUGAAGGAGAAGCUCGAGUGUGUCGCUGCUGAGACUCGGUCACGGGAGGAAGUGGAUCAGCUUGACAAGAAGCUGGCGGAAAGCGAGGCAAUGUGUCAAGCGCUACGGUGGGAGUUGGAUGCCAUCUCCGUAAAGAAUGGACAGGAAACUGCCACGAGUGCGGAUCCUGGCAAUGAUCUUACGGACCGCGAGGUCACGGCGCUUCGUGCAGAAGCCGUAAGGCUCCGAGAACUCCAGCAGCUGCAAUGGCAGCAGCACGCUGCCAACGCACAGCGCUUCCGAGCGGAGCUGACGGCCCUACGCGCGGCUCUGCGAAGGGAGGGACUGGCAGUUGACUCUGGCAUGGAGCUGGCGGCCGAUGUUUCGUCCGAGGCUCUGGAGGAAGCGAAGAUGGAAACGGCACUAGCUCAGAAAGAGCUGGAGGAAUCUCGAGGCUUGGCCGUGCAGGCCACCUCAGAGGUGGUGAAGCUGAGGGAGGGUCUUUCAGAGGCCGAGGCGGCUUUGGAGACAGAGCGUCGAACACGCCGCCAAGCUGUCGAGUCACUACACCAAUGCGAAGAGGUUGCUGCCAAACUGAUGGCCGAGAGGAAUGCUGCAAGGGAAGAGUUGGAGGAACACACAACGGGGGCUGAGGCUUUCAGAAAGAAGGCGGCAUCAGACAUGCGAGAGAGCAGGUGGGCCCGCUUCACUCUGCGCUUGCUGCAUUUGAUCGAUGGGAGUACCUUCGACGAGCUGAAGGAAAGCUGGUCUUACGGCCUGCAGCGGUGGCAGGCUUUUGCUACCACGCUGACCGAAAAGAUCAACAGCCGCGCACAGGAAAUAGCAGGCAAUUGUGCCAAAGGUGACAAGGCUCUCCAAGCGCUGAACGAGAAGAUCACCAGCCAGGAACUGCAGAUGGCGGCUUUUGCAGACAAAGCGGUGCAGGAGUUCAGUGAAGCCCAGAAGAGUUGGGAGGAGUGCCUGAAAAGAGAGCGCACGCUGCGCUUAUCUGCUGAGGAAGAUCUCCGCAAGCAAUGUGGUGAGCAGGCUGUCGACUCGGAAAACGAUCGAAGUGAGGUCGAAAGGCUUCAGAAGCAACUUGCCGAAGCACAGCACACGCCACUGCCUCACCAGGUCACCAUGCCCACCAACUGUGGAAGUAAUGACCGUCUUCUCGCUUGCAACAUCAUGCAUCCAUCUGCAUCGCAAUCCGCUUGUUCUGCAGCCAGUUUGGCACCGACGGAUAGUUGGAAACCAAACUUGUGCUUCCCGCGGGUGCCAUGGAAGACUCGAAAGGGUCCGCACUUUCCAAGCAGCUGGUGGUCAACACUCUGUUGGGGUACGGUAUCUUUGGUGCUGUGGACUGGCCGGCACUGCUUGAGUCGCUUGAGUCUUGCGCUUCGGCAUGUUUCUUUCUUCUUUAGGCCUUUAUUUUUCGCUGUAGGUGCAGGUUCUCUACCGCUUGAUAUGGGGAUGGCGAGCAUCCUCUCGGAUGAAGGGCCUUCUGGAAGAUGUGCCCGCCACAAAGGGAGCCGGGCACGACGCACCUGCUGGCUGGCUCAAGGAAAGCUUCUUCGCUCGAUCGAUGUUUGCAUUCUACUUUGUCGUUUGGACAUGCAGCCGCUCUUUUUUACAGGACCUCACAACGAACCUCUACCGUAUUCACGACUGGCGUCUUGA